AUGUUGUGGUCUCACGCCGGGAAGGCCAUUGCCCUGGUGGUCUCGUGUUGGGCGUCGACGAGUGAUGCCAUUACAUACUCUCCGUUGAAGCCUCCAUCAUAUCCAUUGGCUGUACGGAGCCCAUAUCUGUCAGCGUGGAUCCCCGGUAAUGAAGUCGCGUCACUUUCCUCCAACAACGCGCAAUUCUGGGCCGGCAACAAGCUGAUUUGGUCAGUCAUCGCUCGAGUCGAUGGGGUCGCGUACAAUUUGUUUGGCGUGGCCAGCCCUCCCAGUGGCACCCAGUCCGCCACCGUCACCGAGGCGACUUACACCUCCACUCAUUCCACGUUCACCGUGACGGCGGGAUCGCGCGAAUUCACUCUCGACUUCUUCUCGCCGGUAUCGCCCAAGAACUAUCUGCGGCAAUCCCUGCCCUUCUCCUACCUCACGGUGACCCUUGCCGCGGGGGACUCGAGUUCGGUGCAGGUUUACUCGGAUAUCGACUCGAGCUGGACCGGUCAGACCAGCGACUCCAGCUGGAGUUACUCCACCAGCGGAUCAACGGGCAUCUUUCAAAUCGAGUCGGUCGGCGCGACCACUUACUCGCAGAAUAGUGACGGCCAAGCUCUGUGGGGCAGCGCCGUCUACGCCACCCGUCCCUCCAGUUCCUCCUCGCUCUCCACUGCCUCCGGCCCGUCCCUAAGUGUGCGGGAGUCGUUUGUCAACAAUGGCAACCUCACGGGCAACCACGCCAGCUGGAGUUCCACAGGCGUCGUUGCACACGCGCAUGAUUUGGGAACGACGGCAGACGAGUCCACGGUGACUUUUGCAAUCGGUCACGUGCGAGAGGAGUCGAUCAACUUUUUGGGCGACGCGCAAACGGGCUACUACCGAGCCACUUACUCCAGCACGGUGGAUGCAGUUGUGCACUUCUUGGACGACUAUAAUGAUGCCAAUGCCGAGUCGGUCAAGUUUGAUAACCUGAUUCAGGAUACGGGUACGUCCAGUUAUGGGACCAACUACUCGGACAUCCUGGCAUUGUCAGUGCGACAAGUCUACGGAGGCAUCGAGGUGACCAUUCCGAAUGACUCGCUGGACACGAGCGAAACGCGUGCCUUCAUCAAGGAGAUCUCCAGUGAUGGGAAUAUCAACACGGUCGAUGUCAUAUACGCGACAUUCCCGAUAUUCUACAUACUGAGUCCUGAGAUUAUCAAAUUGCUCAUUGCCCCCGUGUUCGAGUACAUGGGCACGAGUGCCUAUACCAAGCCAUACGCAGUGCACGAGAUCGGUGCCAACUACCCCAAUGCGACAGGCCACCCGUCAGAUGGCGAGGAGAUGCCAGUCGAAGAGAGCGGUAACGUGAUAUUCCUCACUUAUGCCUACCAGGCGGCCACUGGCGACACCGACCUGGCAACCAGGUACUCGGCCCAGCUGAAACAGUACGCCGACUAUCUCUACCAGAAUGGACUUUACCCCGCGUCCCAGCUGUCCCUGAACGACGCACUCGGCGAACUGGGAAAUCAGACCAACUUGGCUGUGAAGGCUGCCGUGGGUCUGGCUACUUAUGGUGCCCUGUCUGGCCAAAGUAACUACACUUCUGCCGGCAAAGAGUUUGCUGACAAGAUCUGGACGGAUCGCCUGGGGACGGAUGCUGAUGGCACUCAGUUCUUGAUCCAGUAUGGAAUCGACCCGUGGUUCCUCGUUUAUAAUCAUUAUCCAGACCUGCUGUUUGGUCUGAACGCCUUCCCAGAUGAGGCCUACAAUGCCACUGCUGCAUUUUACCCGAGUGUACGCAGCGCAGCUGGGGUGCCUUUGGACGGGUCCAUCGGCUGGGGCCAAACGAAUUGGCAGUCCUUUGUCGCUGCUACCGUGAGUGGCGAUACCCGAGAUGUUCUAAUCAGUGACUUGCACACGUAUAUAUCGAAUGGUCUGAACUCGGCGCCUUUCUGCGACCGGUAUUGGGUUGAGGACAGCGGGAGCUUUGUGGCGGGCCAGGAAUUUUCAUUCCGCGCGCGGCCCACGCUGGGCAGUCAUUUUGCUUUGGCGGCCUUGUCUGGUGCUAACAUUUGGUCUUCUUGA